AUGGCCGGCCAGUCAGAGCAGACCAGCUCCAGGCCUGCUGCAGUACAUAUUGCUGAUGAAAUCUACGCGAUUUAUCGCAAUGUUGCUGGUGUGCUGUACGUGGCCCCCAAGGUUAUCCGAUUCGUUGUCAGCAAAGAAUGUGUCGACAAAAAGAGCGACGAAAGCUACAAAAAAUACAUGGAACGCCUAAAGGGCAAGGAAUUCAGUAAAACGGAAUGGAAACGUCAUGGCGGAACAAUCGCGGAAGAUUUGAGCCACCCUGAUGAUUUAGACAUCACUGGGUUGUACGCUCUGCUGGAGAAACUUUCUAGGUUACAUGAUGAAUGCUGGCGGAGCGUAGCACUUGCCGAUUCAGAAAAUAAAAGUGAAGGUGACCUGGCAACCGCUACAUCGAGUAUGAGUGGUGGUGGACAACCUAACAAUAAUGAGGAGCUUCCUGGUGGAGAUACAAAGUGUCCACUUGAAAAACUGUCUCGCUUAGGUAUGAAUGGCCUUCCGAGGGACGUUGAUAAACUGUUCGACAAGUUGCGCAAGGUCAAGAAUUUGCGAAACGAAAUCAUGCACGAGUUCGAAGUAACAUUGAAUAAUGAAAAAUUCAGUGAAUUGAAGACUGCCCUGUCAGAGUUAAUUGAAGAAGCCGAAAGGGUCUAUUCACUGCCACAGUCCGAAGUUGAAGAUCAGAAAAAAAAUUUACAUGAUGACUUUGAAAGCCUCCAGACUACUGACAAAAAGAGCAUUUACUAUUGGUGUACAAGAUUGGCUAUGUCAGGAAAACUGGCCGUUAAGAACCUCUGGAAAACCAAACUGUCCAAAGAGACCCUCCCGCUACUUAACAGCAUUGUGCAGCGUCUGGAAGUAUUUCAUGCUCUCGACGUGAUGGUGAGAGAAGGCCCUAACGGUCAAGUUCUUCCGUACACCGAAAUUUUCAAGGCUCCUGAGAAGGCAAUAAUAGUAUCCGGAGUUGCUGGUGCCGGUAAGACUACUCUGCUAAAAAACAUCGUGCUUCAGUUUUUCGAACUACAAGAAGGAAAUGCUGAUUACUUGCGACAAUUUAACCAGCUCAUUCUGUUCGAGUGCAGGGAUCGUACCACUGAAACACUGGCUGACGUCAUCAAGCAGCACUUUAAGGAACUGUGUAGGGAAUUAGAGGGUAAACGAAACGUCCUUGAUGCCCUUUUACGUCUAGACGCCCUAUUUAUCAUCGAUGGGUACGAUGAAGUAAACAAAGUUUCAACCAACGUAGUGGAAGAAAUCAUCAAGAAGACGUCAAGCAGCAACUGUCGGGUGCUGAUCACGACUCGUCCACACAGUGCGAAGGAGAAACUGGAAAUGCUUCUUGCUACUAACGAUGUCAUUUCUACUGAAUUCGAGAUCAAGCCGCUCACUGAGCUGAAUGAGCAGCUAGAAUUUUUGGCAAGGUAUGAGAAGAGUUUAGGCAUCAAAAAAGGCGAGAUGACAGAAAGCUUCAAAACGCUGAAUAACGAUGUCCGAAUUCUGUUCACCGAACCCAUCAACUUGAUUCUUUUCUGCGACAUGCAUAAGCACAUGCCUGAGACAAUCUCGUCGUGGGAAAAGCCCGGGGACGUGGCGAAUGAUAUUCUGCGCUUGUAUAAGAAACUUGUCACCAGGAAGCUUGCUGAUGUGACUCAUCUUGAAUGCGAAGUCAUGUUGGAUGAUCUGUUUGUUGUCAUUGGUAAAGCAGCGUUGGAAUUUAUUCGUGAAAACACUGUAACUUUCUCAGAAAAAGAACUGCUUCAGGUUAAACGAAAGUGCAUUCAAAUACUGAAAAGCACGGUAGAAUGUAGCUCUGAAAUUAUCCUCUCGGUGGUGCUGAAAGUAAACAGACCUCUUUCUGGAGCCGGAAAAACCACCUACACUUUCCAUCACAAAUCUAUCCAAGAAAUGUUUGCUGCUGAAUUUAUUGUGCAGCGCAUCCUAGCCAGAAAUGACAGCCUGAAGAGUAUCCUGAAGGCCAAGCCUAAAGAAAUGAGCAGCCUGCGCGAAGUACUGCAGUACGCGGUGCAGGGCCUCAGCCGCCUCAGGCCCGGCGCUGCGUGA